AUGGCCGAAACCGCAACCUCUCCCGCUCCUGCGGCGGACAAGGCCGACAAGCAAGCUAAUGUUCGACCUGCCAAGCCCGAUGAGAAUCUCUUUAAGCAGGAACUCGCAAAGGCUGAGAAGGAGCAUAAGGCUUCAAUGGACCGUCUGGCCGCUGUCAAGGCUAAGAUCGAGAUUGCUAUGCCCAACAAGAACAAGGACCAGCCUAACCCUACUCAAAAGCGACGACAAGAGCUCAUUGCUCAGGCCAACGAGAUUCGACAGAAGCAGGCCGGCGGAAAGAACGCCCGUUCUACUAAGCUCGACCAGAUCAAGCGUCUCGAUGAGCAAGUUCGAAGCCGAAUCAACGAGCAAAAGGCUGCGAAGAGCAAGGUUCCCUUCAAGAGCCUCGAGGACCUCGACCGCCAGAUUGCGAGUCUGGACAAGCAGGUCAACUCCGGUACCAUGAAGCUGGUAGACGAAAAGAAGGCCUUGUCAGACAUCUCCAGUCUCCGCAAGAUGCGCAAGAACUUCGGACAGCUUGACGAUUCCCAGAAGCAGAUCGAUGACCUCCGCGCCAAGAUCAAGGAGAUCAAGGAUAGCAUGGACGACCCUGAGCAAAAGGCUCUCUCCGACCAGUAUAACAAGAUUCAGGCCGAGAUCGAUGCUAUCAAGGCCGAGCAGGACGAAGCUUACAAGGGUCUUUCCAGUCUCCGUGAUGAGCGCUCCAAGCUCCAGGCCGAACAGCAGGAAAAGUACACCGCUAUCCGUAAGCUCAAGGAUGACUAUUACGGACAGAAGAAGGCAUAUCAGGCCUACGACCGUGAAGCUCGGGAGCGCUACCGUGAGAAGCAAAGGGCUGAGCAGGAGCGCUACCACCAAGAGCGAAAGAAGGCUGAGGCUGAGCGUCGUCUGGGUGAUGCCAGCGAUCCUGCCUACCUAGACGAGAUCCGCCGCGCCAACAGCCUGCUCCAAUUCCUCGAUCCUAACCACAAGGUUGAAAAGGGCCCUCUGAUGGCCGAUACAGGUCUGGGUGCUCAGGCCCAACGAAGCGUUGACGAGUCUGGUCUCAAGGGCACCAAACUCCUUCGCAAGGAGGACCGUGAUGAGGAGUACGCGCCUGCGGUGAAGAAGGGUAAGAAGGGCAAGAAGACUGCUCACGGCGGCUCAUCAAACAAGUUCAACGUUCCCCCAGCUGUGGUUGAGGACUGUGCCGCCAUGGGUAUCGACCCUCCCAUGAGUGCUGCCGAUAUCCCUGCUGUAGCUGAGAAGGUCCGUGCCAAGCUCGAUUUCUGGAAGAACGACCAGGCGGCCCAGACACAGCGUAACAUUGAGAAGGCUAAGAAGGAGAUCGCCGAACUCGAGGCCGCCGAGGCUAAUGGCGACAAGGUCGAGCAGACCACUGCUGACCUGAAGGAGACUUCUAUUGCUGACAAGCAGGAGUCGUAA